AUGCCGCUUAUCAAAAAGCCACAGGUGGAGGAUAUGACUAGUCAUGUUCAUGAUUCCUCCUUCCAGCUCCAAGCACAACGUUGUGGUCACACACUGGACGAGAACGAUAGCGGCUACCAGUUCAAGUUCGACGACUUGAAGGACGAGGAGUGUUUGGGCAGUGAUCUGGAUCUAGAGGGCUCGAUAGUGCAAACUGCUCGGCCAAGGACGAUAUCCAGGCCACCAGCUGUUCCCCCUCGCAGCGACAAACGAGCGUCGAAGAUGCUAGCGAAUGUUAUGCUGGAGCUACAAAGUCUGGACGGAUCAAUGGCCAAGGACCUUGACACCUCGUCAAUGGUUCAAGAGACUGAUCCACAUGAGCUAUACUUGUCCAGUGAGGAAGAUGAAUCUCUGGCAGAUGACUACGAAGACUCACUCCUUGAUUUCGAGCCCAUGGACAACCAAGAUCAGGAGACUGAGCGAGAGCGAGCAUCAUCGUCAGGGGCUUCUAGCAGAAAAUCACAAGAAGUCACUGCACGGGUUGUAUCAUUCACGCUGGUGAAGCCACAGAUAAUCCACAUAUUAUCCACCGCCACGCCCAAACAGCCCUCCUCAGCUUCAGAAUCUCCCUCCAUCAAAUCGUAUCGUUCAUCUACUGAAACGCGUCGUCGACCUUCGCCCCUAAAGCGUUACCCCAACUCCCUCCGCCGAUUAUCUAUCUCGUCCAUAGCCUCAUUGACUCAUUCCUCCACAUCGACUUCGUCCGGAUUCCUCCCUUCAGAUCAAUCAUUUACUCAACCUCAGCGUCAACUCCGGAAAACUUCCCGUAUAGCCAAUCUCACCUCCCUCGUCACAAGCUCCCUGCCUCACUCCUUCCUAAAUUCCGACCCUUACCCUUCAAAGGAAGCCCACAGCCCCAGCCCCAACCCUCAACUUGAUUCCGAUAUACCUACCACUCCCAAAACACCCACCAGCAUGGCAGCAGCAGCCUUCAAGAAGGGGCUCACGCGAGGUCUCAAUCGCGCCCGUAAACCCUCAAUGCCCUCAUUGUCCUCGGUAUAUAACUCCUCAUCACGAAGCGGGUCAAUGGUCAAUCUUUCUCAAAACAUAUCCCAGCCACUCGAGCAGCCAGCGAAAGAACCAAGCCACCAAAGACGGAAAUCAGUUGCAUUACCCGCAGCAAUUUCUCAAUCACAGGCCUCACCACCGCCUGCGCCACACCAAGGCCCGUUAACAUACGAGGACAUAAUGAAAAGUGUUAUUCGGCAGCCACCGCCAAAGUCACCGCUGAGUGCUCAAUCUACUACGAAAGUCAAGACGAGUAGUAUAUUAGGCUUAGGCAGACGCAAGAGUGUCAAGGCUCCGUGA